AUGAAAUCUAUCCUCGUCCCAGCUCUCUCCCUGGCCUCCCUGGCCUGGGCCGGGAAGCACAAGCCGCUUGUUACUCCGGAAGCUUUGCAAGACCUGAUCACGCUCGACGAUCUCCUCGCGGGUUCGCAGCAACUACAGGAUUUCGCUUACGCCUACCCCGAGCGCAACCGUGUCUUUGGCGGAAGAGCCCAUGAUGACACGGUCAACUGGCUGUACCGCGAGCUCAAGCGGACGGGCUACUACCAUGUCUACAAGCAGCCGCAAGUGCACUUGUACAGUAAUGCGGAGGAAUCCCUUACCGUGAACGGUGAGGCCAUUGAAGCCACGACAAUGACAUAUUCUCCGAGCGCGAAUGCGUCGGCUGAAUUGGCUGUUAUCUCAGGGCUUGGAUGCAGCCCUGCGGACUUCGCAUCUGAUGUUGCCGGUAAGGUCGUCCUCGUCCAGCGUGGCAACUGUACGUUCGGCGAGAAGUCGGUGUAUGCAGCCGCUGCAGACGCUGCGGCGACCAUUGUGUAUAACAACGUGGAGGGCUCGCUCUCAGGCACUCUCGGUGCUGCGCAGAGCGAGCAGGGACCGUACUCUGGUAUCGUAGGCAUCUCGCUGGCUGACGGUGAGGCUUUGCUCGCCCUUGCCGAGGAGGGCCCUGUCCAUGUGGACUUGUGGAUCGACUCAGUCAUGGAGAACCGCACCACUUACAACGUGAUCGCGCAGACGAAAGGAGGCGAUCCAGACAACGUCGUCACGCUCGGUGGCCACUCAGACUCCGUCGAGGCCGGACCAGGCAUCAACGAUGAUGGCUCCGGUAUCAUCUCCAACCUGGUGAUCGCGCGCGCGCUGACCAAGUUCUCCACCAAGCACGCUGUGCGCUUCUUCUUCUGGACGGCUGAGGAAUUCGGUCUGCUCGGCAGCGACUACUACGUCUCCUCGCUGUCUCCAGCUGAGCUGGCUAAGAUCCGACUGUACCUGAACUUCGACAUGAUCGCGUCGCCCAACUACGGACUCCUCCUAUAUGACGGUGACGGAUCGGCCUUCAACCUGACCGGCCCGGCCGGCUCGGACGCAAUUGAGAAGCUGUUCUACGACUACUUCCAGUCGAUUGGCCAGGCGACUGUCGAGACCGAGUUCGACGGCCGCUCCGACUACGAGGCUUUCAUCCUCAACGGCAUCCCGGCUGGCGGCGUCUUCACGGGCGCCGAGGAGAUCAAGUCCGAAGAGGAGGUCGCGCUCUGGGGCGGCGAGGCCGGUGUUGCGUACGAUGCAAACUAUCAUCAAGUGGGCGAUACCAUCGACAACCUUAACACCGAGGCGUACCUACUCAACUCCAAGGCGACCGCGUUCGCCGUCGCGACGUACGCGAACGACCUCAGCACGAUCCCCAAGCGCGAGAUGACCACGGCCGUUAAGCGGGCCAACGUCAACGGCCAUAUGCACCGCCGAACCAUGCCCAAGAAGCGCCAGACGGCGCACCGCCAUGCUGCGAAGGGGUGCUUCCACAGCCGGGUCGAGCAGUAG